UUUUCUUCAUUUUUAGUUAUCUUGAUAGUUGGAAAAAAAAACUCGUACCUCUUUGUUAUAACCGCCAACACUUUGUCCUAAUAAAUAUAAAAUAUUGUGUUAUCAAUUAUACCGCCAUACGAAUUAUGUAUUAUUUUUGUAUUACUUAUUUAUUUAUGUGACUGAACCGUCUGGUAGCAUUCUAAAGUAUUUUCUCUUUUGUUAAUUGGUUUUGGCCAUGAAUUAAUUUUGGAUAUAUAGGCGUCUUUAACCAUCUUAUCAAUCCUUAUCUAACUAUUUUAAUCGUUUUAUCUAUCUAUUCCCUAUUUAAUUCAGAAUACUGGCCUGUGAUCAUGUCUAAAGUGAAGAUAGGAAUUAUUGGUGGUUCUGGUUUAAAUAAACCAGGGAUAUUGGAGGGAGGUACUGAAAAAGUUGUCCAGACUCCAUUUGGACCACCUUCUGAUGUUCUAAUAGAAGGACAGAUAUCGGGCGUGGACUGUGUACUUUUGGCUAGACAUGGGCGAGAACAUACUAUUAACCCCAGUAGUAUUAAUUAUCGUGCUAAUAUAUGGGCUUUAAAAGAUGUUGGAUGCACCCAUGUCAUUGUUUCAUCUGCAACUGGGUCUCUUCAAGAAGAUAUCAAACCUGGAGAUUUAGUUAUAGUUGAUUCAUUUAUUGACAGAACUUUCAAAAGAGAAAAUACAUUUUAUGAUGGAUCCCCAAAUUCUCCAUUCAAAGAUGUGGUACAUAUGCCAAUGGAACCAGCUUUUUGUUCUAAAACCAGAUCAUUACUUUUAGAAACUGCUCGUGAUUUGGGUUUACCCGUGCAUGAAGGAGGAUCAGUUGUCACUAUUGAAGGUCCACGCUUCUCAUCAAAAGCAGAAUCUAAUGUAUUCCGUUUGCAAGGAGCAUCUCUUGUCAAUAUGACUCUCGUUCCUGAGGUAUGCCUUGCUCGUGAAGCUGGACUUCUUUAUGCUGCAGUAGCAAUGGCUACUGAUUAUGAUUGUUGGCGUUGUGGUGUUGUUAAUGUUGUUGAAGUUUUGAAGAAUUUAAGAGCUAAUGCAAAAAAAGUUGAAAAGCUAUUUCUUGCUGUAAUACCUAAAAUUGCAGAGCAAAAUUGGGAUAAUGAACUAAAAUGCAUGAAGGAUAUGUUGAAGUAUAGCAACCAGACACAGAUUUCUAAACUUUCUGAUGCAGAACUAGAAGUUCUUUGAUAAUGUUUUUUUCUUUUUAAAUACAAAAUUUUAAUAAAUUAGUUAUUUCUA